UCACUUUCUUUUCGUUCUCGGAGGCCAUUUUCUAGGAGUCGCUUGAAGAGCAGGAAGCGCUGAGAGCCGCCCGCAGCCCCGGUGUGUACACGGACGAUCGCCGCAGUGAGGGUCAUGGCGGACACGGCCCCGGCCUACAAUCCCACCACCACCGUCUCUGACGUCCCCGGCAAAGCCAACGGGGUCUGCGGCUCCGAGCUGGACCUGAAGCACUUAGUCCUGAAGCUCGUACAGCUGGUGCUGUCCUUCGUGGCUUUCAUAUGUGAAGAAGUCAUCGAUCAGUGUGACUCCUGUGGUGGCCUGUACUUCUUUGAGUUUGUUAGCUGCAGUGCCUUCUUGCUUUCCAUCCUCAUGUUAAUCGUGUACUGGACACCUCUAAGGAAAAGAAUAUCCAUUCCAAGCUUCAAGAAAAUUGAUUUCUGGGUUACUGCAGUUGUUGGAGUCUUUUUCCUGAUCGCUUCUAUUGUAUUUGCGGCGACAAUGGACAGUUCUUCACUUGGACAAGUAUCAGUGGCUUUUGGAUUCCUCGCCUCUUUUGCGUUUCUAGUGGAGUUGUGGUUUAUGCAUAAAAGUGGCUACCUGAAGCAAAAUCAGGAGGACCGUUCAACACCCGGAGCAAAUGGCGUGGUUGAGAACCAACCAUUGAACCCACCAGUUCAAGCUACUGCUUGAUUGCCCAGGACACUGAUUCUGGCGGAGCGCAGUGAGCUAUGCCACAGGAAAACCUAUCCGUCAGGAAAUCCAUCCAAUUUUAUGGUCUCUCUUUUUUUAUCAUCUGUAAAUAUAAUCCACUAUUUUGGAGAUUAACAUCCAUUAUAACACUAUGUGGAUAUGCAGGAAAACGUUGCCUUUCCAGAUAAUUACUUUUUUAUUUUAAUUCAUUCCAGAUAAUAGUUCCUUAUAUGCAUGAUGGAUUGCUUCACUUAUUUAUUUACUACCAACGUGAAAAAUCAUGAAAUUAGUCUUUUUAGAAUAUUUCUGUGCAUUCUUAGGCUGCCACAAACUACUUUGCUUUGCUACUUUGCUUACUGUGACGAAUCUAGAUUCCAGGAGGUCCUCCUUUUUAUCUGUAGGGAUGAGAUGAAGUCCCCCAGUUACUUGCUGCAGGUUGUAUUACUGUACAGUAUCAAACACAAUCAGUUCUUUAGAUUUAGGAAGGCCUUUACAGUAGUAGGUUUCCUGUAUACUACAUUAACCCUGCGCGCCCCAUUCGUUAGGUACUGGUGCUGUAUAACGUGAAUGAGCUGCUUUUUGGGUAUCCAUAUGCACUGUGGGGGUCACCUUACAACAGGUGCAAGAAGUCAAGGACUAAGGUCGCAGGAGGAACUAAGGGUUCUUUCUAAACUAUGGGUCACAAGACAUUAAAAAAGACGUCCCAUUUGAACAGUUCCCUUUUUUAAAAAAAAGUUUCACCGGUUAAGUUGAUCGUAAGGUGUACCUCUGCUGGGACACCCAGAAAUCGGACGUAAUUUGUGUGCGGGAAUCCAGCCGCAAGCAUUCAGUUUCCUUGCAGCGCCACCACCGGAAAAGUGAGGCAUUACGCCAUUCCCAUUGGUAUGAAUGAGCUGUCUGUGUAAUGAUCCAGGCGUGCUUCGUAGUCGCUCUGGCUAAUGGACAAGUCAUGCACAAGGCAGAAUUCCCUAAAUCCCAUUAGUAAUGUAUAUGGCACUUGGAAAUAAAAUUUAGAAGCUGCAGGUUACUAAGGUAUGCUGAAAGCAUUUUUUUUACGCAAGCUAUAUUGGUCUAAUUGUCCAUAUAGCGUUUUUUUUAGCAAAGUUGUCCGUAAAUGUAUUUUAUUAAGAGAAAAUUAAGCCUGUUUAAGCAAUGUAACCUUCUUUUAGCCUGGGCUCUCUGGCAGGUGACAUUAUGUGCACAGAGCAGGAGCUAUCACUGGACCUGGUGUUGAACAGACUCCAUAAAGGGUUUCAUCCAUAUGAUCUAAAACUGUGCAAUACGAAGUUUUGGCUCUAGUGGGAAGGUUGCUCAAAUUAAAGGGCAUUUCUGAGAUUUUAAUAUCCAUGACCGAUCGUUAGGAUAAGCCAUCGAUAUGAAAUCGGUGGGGCACAGCCACUGCACAGCCAAAGGGCAGCUCUCUGAAGCAGUAGCGUCUCUCCGGUGACCGAUUGCUGCGGCGGCAGCUCUUCAGUGAUUGAUUCCUGCGGCGGCUCCUCUCCAGUGAUUGACUGCUGCUGCGGCAGCUCCUCAGUGAUUGAUUGCUGCGGCGGCUCCUCUCCAGUGAUUGAUUGCUGCUGCGGCGGCUCUCCGGUAAUUGAUUGCUGCGGCGGCUCCUCUCCAGUGAUUGAUUGCUGCUGCGGCGGCUCUCCGGUGAUUGAUUGCUGCUGCUGCGGCGGCUCUCCGGUGAUUGAUUGCUGCGGCGACUCUCCGGUGAUUGAUUGCUGCUGCGGCGGCUCUCCGGUAAUUGAUUGCUGCGGCGGCUCCUCUCCAGUGAUUGAUUGCUGCUGCGGCGGCUCUCCGGUGAUUGAUUGCUGCUGCUGCGGCGGCUCUCCGGUGAUUGAUUGCUGCGGCGACUCUCCGGUGAUUGAUUGCUGCUGCUGCGGCGACUCUCCGGUGAUUGAUUGCUGCUGCUGCGGUGGCUCUCCGGUGAUUGAUUGCUGCUGCUGCUGCGGCGGCUCUCCGGUGAUUGAUUGCUGCUGCUGCGGCGGCUCUCCGGUGAUUGCCGGUGAAGCGGCAUCUUCAUUGUUUACCAGGAGCGUUGCCCUACAUUUUGCUGUGGUGGUGCAGGUUCUAGUGAAUGAGACAAAGCCAUGUGUAGUACCACGAACAGCUACUACAAAAUAUAUGGUACUGUACCAGUUAAUGACAACCCUUUCAAACCUAAGGAUAGGUCAUCAAUAUUCAAAUGCCGAAAACAGUUUUUAACAUUGUGAUGUUUGAUUAAAGUGAAAAAUGUGAAUCUUGCUGUUUUUAAAAAUAAAAUAACUUCUUUAUUAAUA